AUGAAGUGGAACAUCUUCGCAGCGAUUGUAGCGAUCGCCGGCAGAGAAACUGCCGCUCAUGCCACUUUCCAGCAACUCUGGGUCGAUGGAGUUGAUAUGAUACGCUCGCAGUGUGCAAGACUGCCCCAAAGCAACUCGCCUGUCACCAAUGUGGCUGGUAACGAAAUCAGAUGCAACGUCGGAGGAACAAGCGGCGUAAAUGCCAAAUGCCCUGUCAAGGCUGGUGGAACGGUCACCAUUGAAAUGCAUCAGCAAAACGGCGACAGAAGCUGCAAGAAUGAAGCCAUCGGCGGCGCGCACUACGGUCCAGUCAUAGUCUACCUCAGCAAAGUCGACAACGCCGCCACAGCUGACGGUUCUGCUGGUUGGUUCAAAAUCUUCCAAGACGGCUGGUCCGCGAAAUCCGGCUCCGGCUCCGGCGACGACGAUAAUUGGGGCACCAAAGACCUCAACACCUGCUGCGGCAAGAUGGACAUCCCAAUCAGCAAAGACAUCGCCGAUGGAGACUACCUUCUCCGUGCAGAAGUCAUCGCUCUCCAUGCUGCUGGACCCUCAGGCGGAGCGCAGCUCUACAUGACGUGCUUCCAGCUCUCGGUCUCGGGCGGUACAGGGACGGCGAAGCCCGCCACAGUCAGCUUUCCCGGUGCGUAUAAGGCGACCGAUCCAGGUAUUGCUGUCAACAUCCAUUCGAAGCUCUCUGGAUAUACUGUCCCCGGCCCCGCUGUUGCUUCUGUCGGAACCACGAAGACGGCGGGUUCUGCAUGCAGCGGGUGCGCAUCUACGUGCGACGCAGCCAAGGGACCUGUUGGCACGGCGCUGCCUGUCUCGCCUGUGGGCGGAGGAGGUACGUCUCCUGGCACUGGAAGCCCGCCGUCGUGUACUGUUCAGAAGUAUGCGCAAUGUGGUGGACAAGGAUGGACGGGCUGCACCACCUGUGCCUCAGGGUCAACUUGCCAGGGUGUCUCGGCACCGUACUAUUAUCAGUGUGCUUAG